CGGCGGAGCGGGGCAGCCGAGUGAGCCGGCGCGGCGCGGCGGGGAAACGGCCCGGUCUCGGGGGCGGGGGUAUGGGAUAUUGGGAUAGUAUGCCGCUGAAGUUUGUCCAGUACGUACGUGCGCUUUGUUGUAACGAAGAAUUUUGAAAAAUGGAUGAAAGACUCAUCGAAAGCGUAAAAAAGUUUCCUUGCCUGUGGGACACGAGUUCAGAAUUUUAUAAAUGUAACGAAACAAAGGAUGCGGCAUGGAAUCUCAUCAUUAAUGAAGUAAACAUAAAAGACGUUACAACCGCCAAAUACCGAUGGAAACAACUUAGAGAUAACCAUCGAGAUGCAUUAAAACGUCAAAAUGCAACAAGGAGUGGACAGGCUAGAAGACAACGCAAGGAGUGGAAAUAUCAAAACGCCAUGUCAUUUCUUCUACCGUACAUGUGUAACAGAGAUCGAGCAUCAAAUUUUGAAUCCUUAGAAGACUCGGCAAAUGAGAAUUCAAAUCAGCCAAAUUUUGAUGAUAAUUCUCAAGAAUCAAGCGGUAUCUUGCCAUCAACAUCAAAUAAUCUUACCUCUGUCAAUGUUUCCGAUGAUUCGACAGCAUCUGGUCCGAUUCCUUCCACAUCGAAAAAAAGGAAGAACGAUGAGAUCCUAGAUAUAUUAAGAAAAAAUCAAGAAAACCGCGAUCUUUUAAGACAAGAACGUACGGAAGUUAAAAAUAUGAUGGGAGCCAGGGACAAGUAUGAUGAAAUAGACUCUUUUUUUUUAAAUUUGGCUGCGUCAACAAAAAAGUUGCCAUAUUAUUUACAACUUCAAAUAAAAAAAAAUUGUUUUAAUGCUGUAAUGACAGCAGAAGAAACUAAUUUGCAACAGUCCUGGUAUUCUCCGAAUAAUUAUGGUUACUCUACAAGCUCAACACCAACAUCAGGCAAUAUAAAUAUCAGUAAUAAUACUGCAAAUUCUUCGCAUUGUAACUAA